UGUAUGAGUGUGUGUGUGCGUGUGUGUGUGUGUGUGUGGUUGGAGGCGCCACGUCGGCAGAACCAGCAGGCUGAAAAAGAGAGCUGCGUAGCUCUGCGUGUGUGUGUGUGCAUGCAUGUGUGUGUGUGUGUGAGGAGAAGUUAGAAAGCUGCAGAUUUAUCCGGUAAAAACGAGAAAACCGAGGAGGAGACAGAAACAGACCGACCACAGUGAGAGGCAGCCGGGUUAAACACACUCCGACAACCCGAUAAUCUACAUCAGAGUUUGGUUCAGAGGCUGAAAACACCAAAGCUGCUCCUGUCUCAAGUUUCUCUGCCAGGUGUGUUUGUGGGAGAAACACUGCAGAACAAUGGUGAAGAACGUGAACAGCGUUAACGUGGAGCCUCAGCCUGGGACCAGCAUGGCAUCAGACGAAGCUGAACCCACCGAGAUCCAAUCUACAGAGGACUCUGGUAAGGACCACGUGGCACCUGCCCCUGGCAUGAUGUGGCGGGUGACCGGAGGCCUCUUCAACGUAACCAAGGGAGUCGUGGGCGCCGCAGUGGGCGGGGUGGCCUGGGUGGGCGGCAAGAGCCUGGAGAUCACCAAAUCUGCCGUGACCACGGUGCCCUCGGUUGGGGUUGGGCUGGUGAAGGGCGGGGUGUCCGCCGUGGCAGGCGGCGUCUCUUCGGUGGGCUCGACGGUGGCCAGCAAAGUCCCAUUCACGGCCAAGAGGAAAGAUAAAGCCGAGUGAAGAGGAAGGGGAGGAGGAUGGUUGUGACGAUGAUGAUGAUUGAUGAUUGAUGAUGAUGAUGGACUUGCCCCGCCCUGAGCCAACAGAGAGAGGCUGCCAGCUGAUCUCUGUCUGCCAAUCAAAACUCCACAGUGCCUUCUGACGCCUCUCUUGGUCUUGAACGUGGUAGUCUUGUCACCAUAAAGAGAUCUUUAGACUUUGACACCAAUACUACACUCAGUACCGAAAAAUUCAGUAGUACUACGAUACCAUGACAACCCAGAAAUACGACAGACUUUGUCACUGAAACGCUUCAUAUAUAAAUGACUUGGAGCGGGUUUGCAUGUCUGGAAGUGAAUAUCUGGCUCCAGACAGAUCACAUAGACUGUGAUCCACUUCAGCACGUGGUGGGUGACCUCAUGAAUAUUUUUAUCUGUUUACAGUCCAGACUGAUGCUGUUCCAUUUCUCUCUCUUCUCUUCACUCUUUACAAACUACACACAUUUGGUGAAAUGUUUCUAAAAUAAGAUGCUGUUUUUUGUUUUUUUUUGUUUUUUGGAAGUGAAAGGAUUCUUCAGUCUGCAGACUUCUUCUGUGUCUGACCUCCUUUUUAAAAAUAAAAAAUAAAAACUUUGGAAGAGCCCGGGGGGUCGGUGUUUUACCCAGCAGCCUUGGAUCUGCAUGUCUGGAUGACACAAUCACACACACCAACACUGGGCUCAGGCCUUUUACACAGCGAUAUUGUUGAAAUGUUUUGAGUGAAAUGUUAAAAAUGCUGCGUUGGACCUUGACAAGUUGACUAAAGAUAUAAGAAAACAAAACAUCAGCAGCAUUCGUUACGUCGACUGACUGGUUGCUUGAGAGGAAAAGUGCCCGAUGUUGUCUGAACUGGUCAGUCGGUCAAGUAAAGGUUUUGAACUGUACCUUUUUUAAUCAGAAGGCAAACGCUGUACUGUAGUGCAGGCAACAUUCGUGAACGUCUAUAUGCAAAUCAGCAUUUCAAUGCAACAUUUGGAGUGAGUGGGAGCUGUUGCUGGUGGGACUAAACUAUGUGAAUGUCUUGUAUGUGUUGUUUUUUUGUUUUUGUUUUGUUUUUGGAUAUAUCAAUAAAGUAGUUUGGAAGGUUAAA